CGUGGGCAGAGAGAGGCAGAAACGAGUUGCGCCGCCACUGAGGGGUAACAGAGGGUAAGGGAUCUCUAGUCGCAUGGGUGUCGCGCGAGUGCGAGCAGUCUGAAGCAAUUCAAGCCAAGCAACGCCACGGUGCGCGUCAUCUUUGAUUAUUCCAACGGCCGAGGAGGGAGGUUAUGUUCGGUAUAAUGAGUCCACGUUGGGAAGUGUUGGGAUAUUUCUUGUGGUUUCUUGAAUGAAAGGACAAUUCAUGUGGUAAUUAUUCGGAGUAAUGAUGAACGUUAUGCGGUCCUUUCGCGAGACUUUGUUCAGUGCCAGGAAUGUUCUUAUUCUAACUGGCAGUGGAGUCUCCGCGGAAUCCGGCGUGCCGACGUUUCGCGGUGCUGAGGGGUUAUGGCGCACUUACCGCGCGGAGAGUUUGGCCACCCCCGAAGCCUUCGCCGCGAAUCCAUCCUUGGUAUGGCAAUUUUACGAGUAUCGCCGAGAUUUGGUUAGCAAGGUUAAGCCCAACAAGGCUCACGAAGCCCUCGCUGCUUUUGAGGAUCGCUUUCUAAGGGAAGGGAAAAAAAUUACGGUAUUGACUCAAAAUGUAGACGGGCUGCAUCAAAAAGCGGGCAGCAAAAAUGUUUUGGAACUGCAUGGCAACUUGUACAAAACACGUUGUACCAAGUGCAAAGAGGUUCUAGUUAAUGAAACCGUGCCAAUUUGUCCUGCUUUGGCUCUUUCAGGGGACUGCAAUUUUAAAGAGAAACCACCCAGCAUCCCAAAAGAGGAUUUGCCAAAAUGUGAACAUGAGGGAUGUCGAGGGUUGUUAAGGCCACACAUAGUAUGGUUCGGAGAAAAUCUCGAUCAAAGUAUACUCGAUCAAGCCCAAGAAGCCAUAGAUUCUUGCGAUGCCUGUUUAAUCGUGGGAACUUCAUCAAUUGUCUAUCCAGCUGCAAUGUUUGCACCACAAGUUGCCACUCGUGGUAUACCAGUUGCAGAGUUCAACUUAGAAACCACUCCAGCGACGAGGCAGUUCCAAUAUCAUUUCCAAGGGCCUUGUACAAUUACAGUACCGGAAGCUUUAGCACCAUAACAAUUACAAGAGAUAAAAACAAAAAAGUUUGUUUGUAAGAGUAUUAGAGUAACGACUUUGAUGCCAAGCGUACUAGAUGAAUAAUCAUUGUAGCGAGAUCUUUCACUGGAUAAAUAAAGGGAUUACCUUCAACUAUACACACUUCCGUGCAGAUUCCGAUGCGUUGCAAAUACUGAAGCCAAAGCUUUUGUUUAGUCGACAAUGAAUCACCGGGAC